AAUGUUAGCCUCUUUUUAAUAAUAACCACUUGUAAGAAAAAUGGUCAAAUCUCAAGUUGAAUUAUCUAUGCCAUAAACCAAAACCACUUCUGAUUUGCUAUUCUAAAAUUAAAGAUCUUCUUAUUAACAAUAUAGAAAAUAAACUUAACAAUCAGAUGAAAUAUCAGUUUAGAAAUUAUUUUUCAGAACUACAGAACCAUCUAUAUAAGAAACUCCUAGUUCAUUAUAUUUAACUAGACAAAAAGAAGAGCCUUUCAUUACUACUACAUCAAAAUUUUAAGAAUAGAAAUAUUAAUAGAGAAUUGAUUUCUCAAAUUCAGAACAUAAGAAUUCAAUCAUUGAAUUACCAAAAUUCAGAAUGGUUGCAAGUAUGUAUGGUAGAAGUAUCAUGUCUACAGCUAAAAUAAAUAGAAGAAUGGCCGAAUCCUCUGAUAGUGAAUUUUUUAUGUAAUCGCCAGGGUAAAUUUAUUAUAAAAUAUCAAGAGAUUAAGAUAAAUGAUAAUUUGUAAUCAAUUAUUUAUGGAAGAUGAACGAUUCCUUUAUUAAUUUAUGUAUAUUCCAGAUUUGACAUAACCAAAAGAAAGAUUUGAUGAUUUUGUCAAAUGUUUAAGAAAUGUAUAAAAGAUUAAUAGCAAAAGAUUAUAUUUUUAUUUAAAAGAUGGAACUCCAGUUAAUUCACACUUAGACAUACCUCCAACUCAUAAAACCUUAAUAUAUAGUCAAAAUUCUGUUUAUAAACCUUAUGAUAAUCCAUAAUUAGAUCUCUUAGAAUAGUAAUGCAAAUCAUAUAAUUUCCUUUAAAUUAAAAAAAAAUAAUAAUAUAAAAAUAGUAAUUCAUAAGUGGAAGAUAUAAUUAGAACUUUAAAUGAUGGAUAAGAUAAUCAAUAUAAUUCUAAGGAAUUAAAAACAUAACUAAGGAAUCUCUCACUUAGAAAGUCAAGCUUAAAGAAUUCUCUAGAAAAAUUAAUAAAACCAACUUAAUUUAAUGUAGAUAAUAAUUUAAAAUUAUAAAAAACUGUCAUUAAUACAUAAAUAGAUAAAACUGAAACUUAGGAAUAAAAUAAAAUGGAAUUAUUUGAUGAUAUGUUGUAACUUUAUGAAUAAGAAUUAAAAAAAAUUGAUUUCAAUUAAAAUCAACCUGAUGAUAUUAAUUAAAUUUAAUUUGAUAAUGAAAAUGAUGAAAUGAGAUUAAAAAUUAAAUAAGCUGCUUGUUUAUUAGAACCCUUAUUAAAUAAAUUUUUGAAUUUCACAUAAAAAAAAGAAGAAGUUAUUGAAGAAUAAUUUUAAUUAAAUAAUAUGGAAUAAAAAAAAUAAUCUAAAACAUAAUAAAAUUUUGUACAUAAAAAUAUUAAAAGGAGAAUAAGUCAUAAAUUUAGCUUAUAAUAAUUAUUAAAAAUAAAUCGAGAAUUAUUUAUUUAAAAUAUUCCAAAAUUAUUAUCAUCAUCAAAUUUCUCUCGUUAUGAAUUACAUAAUACUUAUGUACUUUAUUGUGCUUUAUAAUAAAUUACAUCAUAAAGAUAUAAAUAUUAUAAUAUAAAUGAUGGUGUUGAUUAUUAAACUUAUAGAAGAGGAAUAUUUUAAAUAUUCUUUUAAAAUGAAUUUUUAGCUCAAUAAAUUUUUAAUCGAAUAGAUUAUAAUUAUAGUGGAUUUCUUAAUUGGGAAGAAUUCUUAAGAUUAAUGAUGAGUAUUAAAGCAAAAACAGUUGUUGAAAAAAUUGAUCUUUUUAUUUCUAUUUCUGAUAGUGAUGGAAAUGGUAGACUAUCUCAUGAUGAAAUUUUUAAAUUAGCUAAAUUAUGUUUAUCUCAUUAUGUAUAAGAUAAAGGAGAAUUCUUAGAUAUUUUAUGUGAAUAUUAUACUAGGUUAAUCUUUUAAAUUGUAAAUAAAGAUGUAACAGAAGAAAUACCUUUUGAAGAGAUCAAAAAAGCUAUAUUAGAAAAUAAAGAAGAUAGUGAUCUCUUAUUAAUGUUUUGUGGAGCAGAUGUAUGA